UUCGCUGCUCUAUAAGUAUGGUGCCCCCGACCGUCAGCACAUUCAGCAACUCGGUGCGAAUAGAAGCGAACUACCUGAGAAGCGGAGAAGAAGGAGGAAAGCAUUAAGGAUGUCUGACACCCCGUGCACGUGCUUCCAGAGCGGUUCUUGUAGCUGCGGAGACAACUGCAAGUGUCAGAACUGCAAGUGCACCUCGUGUAAGAAGAGCUGCUGCGCCUGUUGCCCAGUCGGCUGCAGCAAGUGCGCCCAGGGCUGCGUGUGCAAAGGAGAAGGGGACAAGUGCAGCUGCUGUCAGUGAAGCUCGUCACCCGGGACCAGCCAACACGCCUUGCUUUGUAACGUGGACUUUUGUAUGAUUAUUCACUGGGGGGGGGGGGGGGUUA